AUGAACUUAAAUUACAAGAUUGCGUUCUACAAUUGUUUCUCCGUUUCCUGUCAGGGUGAUCGAAAUCAUGGUGAUUUAUGGCCACAAGAUAUGGACGGACAUCAAACUGACUUGCAUCGAUCCAGUAGUGAGGAAAGUGUAUCAACAAGGACCGGGGCAUGUAGUUCAAAUUCAGACAACCGUGAACUACCCAAUUCAUAUUCGGAUAAACCGGAGACUAGCGUGAGCAGACCGGAAUGCGAUUCUCUUAUACCAGAUGAUUAUUGGAUCGAGUGUGAAAACGCACAACAAGUGAUUGAAACACUGAAAACAGUCGAUCCCAUAGUUGGUGCACGCAAAUUGGUAAGAAUGGGUAUUGGUCCGUCACUGUGA